AUGACAAUGCUAUUCUGGAAUGUAAGGGGCAUGAAUAAUUUGAGUAGGAGAAAGGAUAUUAAAAGACAUAUUAAAUCAUUGAAUCCUAGUGUUGUGGGUUUAUUAGAGACCAAAGUAAAAUCUGAAAAGUCUUACAGGGUGUCCAAAUGUAUCCCUCCUCACUGGUCAUACUGUAAUAAUUAUACUGCUUCUAGUAGAGGAAGAAUUUGGGUAGCUUGGGAUGCAGAGGUCUGGAAUGGUACUGUUUUAUCUGUCACUUUACAGCAGAUAACAAUAAUUCUACAAAAUAAUGGGGGUCUCAAUCUAAUGUUGAGUGUCAUUUAUGGAGAAAAUUCAGAAUCAUUAAGAUCUACUUUAUGGGAUGAUAUUACUGAUAUUCAUGCUCAAAUUAACAAAAUGCCGUGGCUUUUAGUGGGGGAUUUCAAUGUUUGUAGAUACACAUCAGAGAAAAUUGGAGGAAGGAAGCUUACUGCAAGGAAUCUGAAAGAUUUCAAUGAUUGUAUACAGAAUUGUAGACUGUCUGAUAUCAAAAGCUCUGGUUCAUGUUGGACAUGGCAUAAUAAGCAACAAGAAUAUAAAUGCACAUCUUCUAGUGAUCACACCCCAGCUCUUGUCCAUUUUAUGCCCAGCACUACUUCAGGGCCAAAGCCAUUCAGAUUUUUUAACUUCUGGACUCAAUGUCAAGGUUAUGAAGAUGUGGUCAAUAGUGUCUGGAAUAUUUCAAAAGCAGUUAAGAGAGUUCUAACUGAUGAAGCAAAACAAUGGUUAUGCAAGGAUAUAAGUUACAAGGAGAUUAAGGAUGCUCUUUUCCAGAUGAAUCCAGAUAAGGCACCAGGACCUGAUGGUAAACUCCUUAAACAGAUCAAUCAUACUUUCCUCACCCUAGUGCCGAAAUCACAAGAAGCAUCUUCCAUAAAUGAUUAUAGACCAAUAUCUUGUUGCAAUGUCAUAUACAAGAUUAUAUCUAAAAUUUUGAGUAAUCGUCUUAAAUUGGUGGUGGGUGAAUUGAUAUCACAAAAUCAACAUGCUUUUUUGCAAGGGAGACAUAUAGGUGAAUGUUCGUUGUUGGCUCAUGAAUUGCUAAGGGAUUUCUCUAAGAAUCAUGGGAAAAGAGCUUGUUUAAAAAUUGAUUUGCAUAAAGCUUUUGAUAGCAUUAACAGAGAGUUUGUAUACUAUAUUAUGCACUGUAUGGGUUUUCCAGUCAAAUGGAUCAAUUGGAUUAGGGAGUGCCUGUCAACUGCUACUUUCUCUGUUCUUUUAAAUGGUUCCCCUAAUGGUUUUUUUAAGAGUAAUAGGGGCAUUAGGCAGGGAGACCCUCUAUCUCCUUAUAUAUUUGUAUUGGUGAUGGAAUUCUGGUCUAUUGGGAUGGAGUUGGCUACAAUCUCAGGGGAAAUUCAAAAUAUUAAGAAGAACAAGAAUCUGCAAGUCUCCCAUCUCUUGUUUGCUGAUGAUAUGCUGGUUUUCUGUAGAGCAAAUAGGAAAUCUUUCGAAGGUAUAAACAAUCUGCUAGAUUCUCUGGUUCUUCAUACUGGUUUGAGUAUCAACCGAAGCAAAAGCAGGAUAUAUUACAUCAAGGGUUGUGUUAAUACAAAUGAUCUAAGCUCUAUUGUGGGAAUAUCUAGAGGAACUCUGCCUAUGAAAUACUUGGGAUUACCUCUAUCAAUAAAUUAUCCUAAAGCUAAGGAUUUUAUCUCCCUAAUUGAUAAAGUUAGGAAUAAGAUCGAGGGUUGGAUGACUCACUCCUUAUCAUUUGCGGGGAGGCUUGAGCUCAUUAAAGCAGUUCUGUAUAGUACCAUAUCUUAUUGGUACUCUGCUUAUUUCUUUCCUAGCUCUGUUAUACACAGUUUGGAAGCUACUUUUGCAAAUUUUCUUUGGAAGGGUAAGAUGCAUGCAAUUAAAUGGAAAAAUGUCUGUAGACCAAAACAGGAAGGAGGAUUUGGACUCAGAACACUAGAUGAUCUCUGUCAAGCUGCAGGUUUAAAGUUGAUUUGGCGCCUCCUUACUGUUAAUUCUCUUUGGACUAAUUGGAUGAAUUUAAGAUAUAUCAAGGAUGUUAAUUUCUGGAAUUCUUCUUCUAACUUAAUGGACUCUGGCACUUGGAAGUAUCUUUCAGGUCUCAAAUUCAAAGCCUUGAAUUGCAUACGGAAAUCUAUUGGAAAUGGGGAAUCUACUUCACUCUGGUUUGAUCCAUGGAUUCAUGAAGGCAGAAUUAUUGAGUUAAUACAACAUCCUACUCCUCAGCUCACUAGCACUGAGAAUUGGACAGUUUCUCACAUCAUUCAAAAUUCUCAAUGGAAUAUAACUUUACCUUGUCUUAUGCCUCUGGUGAAUGCAAUAGCUGAAAUCAAAAUUUCUGAACAAAGUGAUCAAUGGGUUUGGCUUCCUGAAGUUAGUGGUAAGUUCUCCUUUGCUUCGGCUUGGGAUCAAGUUAGGACUCAUUUCAAUAGUUUUGAUCUUUACAAUGUGAUUUGGUUCCCUUCAGCAAACCCAAAAAUGGCCUGCUGUUUGAUUAAAUGUAUAUACAAUAGAAUGGCUACUAGAGACAGGCUUUCAAAAUUUGGUAUCACCUCAGUGGAAGAUUGUGUUCUUUGCUCUGGUGAGAAGGAAUCUAGAGACCAUCUUUUCUUUCAAUGCCCGUUCACAGCUUUUAUUUGGAAGCUCUGUAAACUAAAAUUGCGGUUGGAUCCUACGGUUAUCCAAGACCUCACAUCUGAAGCGCUGCACAUUCAACAGAAAUUCAAGGUGAGGGAUAGAACAUUCAAACUGGCAAGAUUGGUUUUAAGUGCUACUGUGUGGCAUAUCUGGCAAGAAAGAAAUCGUCGGAUCUUUCACAAUCAGAGGAUGCAUAAGGUUAUGGUGUUUAGGAGACUUUAUGAGGAUAUUAAUGUUCUGCUUCGUACCUGUAACUGGAAGGCGGGAAAUGAGGAGGUUCUAGCAAAUUGGAGCCUGGAUACAAUUAGUUGA